GUAAAAUGCCGUAAAGGCGCCGGCAUUUUGCGGCACCGCGGGUGAAGCGGCCGCGUGGGUUCCUUGCUGGGCACGAUUCGGCCCCUUUGUGUGCUGCUGCCUAGGAAAGGCGGCACGUCUCUCUCCGCGGGUGAUUGUCGGCUGCUAGCCUCCCCUCCCCUGGACUCUGAAAUGCUCUACCUGAUCGGCUUGGGCCUGGGCGAUGCCAAGGACAUCACAGUCAAGGGCCUGGAGGUAGUGAGACGCUGCAGCCGGGUGUACCUGGAAGCCUACACCUCCGUCUUGACUGUGGGGAAGGAAGCCCUGGAAGAGUUCUAUGGAAGAGAAUUGAUUCUUGCUGAUAGAGAAGAAGUGGAACAAGAAGCAGAUAAUAUUUUAAAGGAUGCUGAUACCAGUGAUGUUGCGUUCCUUGUGGUUGGGGAUCCGUUUGGGGCCACCACGCACACCGACCUGAUCCUGAGGGCCACGAAGCUGGGCGUCCCUUACCGAGUUGUUCACAACGCCUCCAUCGUGAACGCUGUGGGCUGCUGCGGCUUGCAGCUGUACAGAUUUGGAGAGACGGUGUCUAUUGUGUUUUGGACAGACACUUGGAGACCAGAGAGCUUCUUUGACAAAGUGAAGAAGAACAGACAGAACGGCAUGCACACGCUGUGCUUGCUGGACAUCAAAGUCAAGGAGCAGUCUUUGGAAAACCUCAUCAGGGGAAGGAAGAUCUACGAGCCCCCUCGCUACAUGACCGUGAACCAAGCAGCCCGGCAGCUGCUGGAGGUCGUUGAGAACCAGAGAGCACGAGGAGAAGAACCAGCAGUCACCGAGGACACGCUGUGUGUUGGCCUGGCCCGCGUCGGCGCCGAGGACCAGAAACUCGCCGCGGGCACUUUGCGGCAGAUGUGCUCCGUGGACCUGGGGGGCCCGCUGCACUCCUUGGUCAUCACCGGAGGCAGCCUGCACCCGCUGGAGGCGGAGAUGCUGAGCCUGUUCCCCGUGCCGGCGGCCAGCUCCGCGUCCCAGGGCCCCGCCGGGCCGCACACAGGCGGCUCCGACGUGGAGGCUGACUUCAGCCCCGGCGCCCGCUCUCUCUGACCAAGGGGACAGGUCUUCCGUGUGCCCAGGAAGUACAGAACUGGCGCCCAAGGAGAAAGCUGUCACGUCACUCAACGCUCGGCCUCCUAUGGCCGGGAGCUUUCCCUCCGACAUCAUCAGCGGGCGCUGCUCUUUUGCCAGUUUUUCAGGAGGUGAGCGCGUGGACCAGACCUCGCUGGGAAGCUUGUACCUGGACACCCUCCAACAGAGGCCUUGAAAAGCAGCUUCUCGUUAUGAAUGCAUCUGUAUAGGGCGGACCUUCCCCUUCCUUCAGAAGUCGGCUGUCCCAACCGCCGAGGAGCCGCCCGGCGGCGGCGGGACAGCUGUGCACACGGAGGCGGGCAGGGCGCGUCACCUCGCUGAAGCUCGUCUGAGCACGUGCCACCGAGCGACUCCCUCUGAAUCGCCGACACCCUAAUUACGGAGCUCAUAUUAUAUAUUAUGUAAGCGUUGAAUAUAAAUGUGCAGCCAGCCAUGUAUAGUUGCUCUUUGGUUUUAAAUAGCAACUUUCACACCCAGGCCGACAAUUGGAAAAC